UCAAAUGCAGAGUCUAAACAAGGGGCAGCAGAGUUUUGAACUGAGAUCAAGACGCUUUCCAAGCUCCGGCACACACAUCUUAUGGCUCUGAUUGGCUACUCUGAUGAUUGCGAGGAGAUGAUACUUGUUUACGAAUACAUGGCCAAUGGGACACUCGCCGAUCAUCUCUACAAAAGUAGUAGGAAAGGAAACGGGAAUGAUAUUUAUCAUCUUACUUGGGAGGAGAGACUCAAAAUUUGUAUUGGAGCUGCCCGUGGAUUAGACUACCUUCAUACGGAUACGAAGCAAGGUGUCAUACACAGGGACGUGAAGACAACAAACAUUCUAUUGGAUGAGAAUUGGGUAGCUAAGAUUUCAGAUUUUAGGUUGUCCAAAAUGGUAAACACAAGCCAUACACGAACCCACGUUAGUACAGAUGUUAAAGGCACAUUUGGUUAUUUAGAUCUAGCGUAUUUCUUGACUCGUAGACUAACUAAGAAAUCAGAUGUGUAUGCCUUUGGUGUGGUUCUAUUUGAAGUGUUAUGUGCGAGGCCACUAGUGGAUACAAGUGUUGAGGAGGACCAAAUGGGUCUAGCCCUAUGGGUUCAAAAUUGCAUCAAAAAGGGAACCCUUGACCAAAUCAUUGAUCUCUCUAUAAGAGGACAAAUAUCACCAAAUUGUCUAAAGGUGUUUGCAGAAGUUGCUAACAAAUGUUUACAUAAUUAUCCAAAAGGAAGGCCUACAAUGAGUGAAGUUGUGGGGAGCCUCAAGCAUGGAUUGGCAUCACAGGUCAAUAUUCGUAUAUCUCGAAAAAUGAAAAUAUUAACCAAUCUAUUUUUGAGAACUGCACAUGUAGUGGCUAAUGGUAUUGAUCUUGGGUGGAGGAAGUGGAAGAACUGGGGUCCUAGGAAUAGAGUGUCAGGGUAGUUGUGGAGGGAUCUGGUUGAGAACGGUGUCAUUCAAUCAUUCCGUCAUUUCUUCCUGACAGAGAUUCGAGCGCUCACAAAUAAUUUUCAUGAGCUUUUGGUGAUCGA